UUUACAAAUAGGGUUUUAAGUCCUUCUCAUUGAAGAAGGGAGAGACUAAGGACCUUAAGACCCUUGAGAAUUAUUAGUAAAUUGAAUAUACGUUCCAAGCCCAUACAGCCUUUGUUACAAAUAUCACGAUACAACAGGUUCUGCAAGAUAGCAGAGAGCCAUUAGACGUACAAGGUAUGGGGGGACAUUAUCGGAUAUGUACUACUCCCGCAAACCGAAAAGAAUAGUAGGAAAUACAAUACGUCCGACGGGUAUCUACAUAUUGUCACACCUCAUUUUAUCACUCUUAUUAUUACAACACGCAAUGGGGUAGACUCCAAUCGCUUUACGAAACGGAACACGCGUACCCGUAACCUCUUCGGGGACCAAAAAUCGGACAUUUUCUGUGUUGCAAUACAUAUCACAACUACCAACUACUCUAUAAUGUGUCUUCCCUUUGUCUCCCCGAACCUGGAAGAAUAGGAUCAUGAUGAAACGAGCGCGCUUAAUCCUUCUUCAAGUGGCCUGCCUGCUUCUUAUUGUCCUCAUAUUCCGGGCCGGAUACCAGAACUUCUCGCCGGCGUCCGGUUUUCAUCCAUUUAAUACGCUGAUACCUUCUAACACCAUAGAAAUCAACACCAGUCAAGAAGUGAAUGGCGCAUCCAACCCGGUCCAUCUGGAUGGCCCGUGGAAUACAACGGCACAUAUCGAAGCUAUCCUAGACCCUACAGAUACUACAUUUCCCCGUUUGGAGUGCCCAAGUCCGAAUCUAAUUCGGUAUGAAUAUCUAAAAGUAGUGGCAGAAGACAAUGGGCUUCUGGAACUGAAAUACUUUUUCGCUCUCGAUCUUCGACAGUCUAUCAAUGUUCUGCCUCGCCUAUUAGGAUCUAUUAUAGAAUCAAUCAAAUUCCUUGGCCCGACUGCUUGCGCUCUAUCGAUAGUGGAAGGUAACUCGGAUGAUGGCACGAAGGAAGUCCUUUACUCACUCCAGCCCAAGUUAAAGGACUUGGGUAUCGCAUAUUAUGUUCAGUCGAGCAAUAUAAAUCCCAAGGCUGGAGAAAGGAUAGCAAAACUCGCACAACUUCGCAACUUGGCCAUCUCGCCACUUCUGUCCCUUGCUGGCUUGACUCAAGAUGCAAAGCCAAGCCCCUCGCAGUCGUCGUUGGUGCCAAAUACAAACACGACUAUCAUAUUCUUAAACGAUGUAGCAAUAUGUGUAUCUGACAUACUCGAGCUGGUACACCAGCGAAUUUUCCAGUCAGCAGAUAUGACUUGCGCUAUGGACUGGACCUACGUUGGCCGCGAUCCGACGUUCUACGACGUAUGGGUAGCGCGCACUCUCCAGGGAGAUUUAUUCUUCGAUAUUCCACCGGACGGCAAUUGGAAUAGCGCGUGGAAUCUAUUCUGGAAUGACCGAAUAACUGGUGAGCGGUUUAGAAGGACUCUCCCUUUCCAGGUAUUUGCGUGUUGGAAUGGAGCUGUAGCUUUUACCGCUGCGCCGAUACUUGGGGAGCAGUCCGACCGAGAUCGAGGAGACAUAAAGUCACCUGGGAAGGAGGAGAGAAUCGGAUUUCGAGGACCGAGGGAAGACGAGUGUUACUCAGGAGAGCCAACGUUAUUCUGUAAGGACCUCUGGCGAACGGGUCAUGGACGCAUCGCUGUUGUGCCAUCAGUCAACCUCGAGUACUCCGAUGAGGCUGCGUCCAAAAUCAAGGCGGCCAAAGGGUAUACGUCGCGAUGGACAGAACAAGAAGACGAAGAUGCAAUGAGAAUCCAGUGGGUAGACCAGCCACCCGACACGGUGACAUGUAUGCCAGGCUUAGGGGAUCAGACCCGGCGACCAUGGAACGAAACAUUUACUUAGGCUAACGAGAGGAAAUGAAGCAAUCCAACUACUACCGACGUUUAUCGUCUCAAAACUAUACCACGGAGAAUGGAAAUUUCCUUGGAAAGUAAGCCGGCCAAAGUUGUAGAUACUCGGAUCUUACAAAGAUUUACCAUGUGCUAUUACCCCGACAAUACAACAAACAUUCCAGUAUUAAUAUGCCUCCGUAUGGUAUUAUGCCUAACUAAAUACGGUUAUGAAGAGACGUGGUCUAGGAAACGAGACCUAGAAGGGCUAGAAUCUGUUAAGCUAGCCAUAGAGCAGGAGAGACUGUAUCGUAGAUCAUUAGCUAACAUUGUGCAUAGGUACAUAUGUAUUCAAUUAAGAGUUCCCCAUUUAGUUUCGAAGGUGUAAGAUAUAUAUUCCCUAGAGUGUCGUAUUAUAUCAAUACAUGAGAAGGGAACUUAUAGCGAUGAUGGUGCGGUUGAAAUCGAUGAUUGGUUAAGCUCAAUUUAUAUUUGGAAAUUGAAGUUUUCAAGUUUAGGUGAUAUGGUAACUAAGUACAUAAAUACCUACCUACAUACGAAGGUCCAGGCCAGGAUUGGCACGGUCUGAUUUAAGUUAUAGUGGCUGGUAUCACUAUAAAUAUAGCGGUAAGCCAUCUGUAUUUAGUAGAUGAGCCACUAUUCAAUGUACAAACACGGCGCUAAAAUCUAGGUUAGACAUGUGC